AAUUCGUCGUUGAAGCCACAUAUUCAAAACAGUUUAUACCAUCAAACAUUUUAUAUAGACUGAUUCUAUGUCUCAUAAACUCUCUAAGCACUGUGAAUUGAAGCUACCAAACUACGUGGAGUUUGCAAGCGACUAACACGUGGGUCAAAUGGCAUAUUUUUCUGAUAUUUAAUAAGGAGCCUUAUCAACAUUAUGAUGAACCGGGAGAAGUGGGUUAACCUCAGUCCUUCAGAAUUUUCUCAGCUUCAGAAAUAUGCAGAAUACUCCACCAAGAAAAUUAAGGAUGUUCUGGAAGAAUUCCAUGGUAAUGGUGUGCUAGCAAAAUAUAAUCCUGAAGGGAAACAAGACAUUCUUAAUCAAACAAUUGAUUUAGAAGGAUUCAGGCUGUUCAUGAAGACCUUUCUGGAAGCCGAGCUGCCCGAUGAUUUCAGUGAACAUCUCUUUACGUCAUUCAGCAACAAAAUCUCCCAUUGUAUUCCCUUAGUUAAAAGCAAGCCCCAACUCCUACCAGGAGGUUUGAGAAUUAAUAAAGGUAACACUACAUCACGACCUGCUGCUCCUGCCAAUUUACAUGUACCAGAUGUAAUCCAGUUGAAAGACAUUGUUUGCUAUUUGUCUCUGCUUGAAAGAGGAAGACCUGAAGACAAACUAGAAUUUAUGUUUCGCUUGUAUGACACAGAUGGAAAUGGGUACUUGGACAGUUCGGAACUAGAAAAUAUCAUCACUCAAAUGAUGCAUGUUGCAGAAUACCUUGAAUGGGAUGUCACUGAACUCAGUCCAAUCCUUCAUGAAAUGAUGGAAGAAAUUGAUUAUGACCAUGAUGGCACAGUAUCUCUGGAGGAAUGGAUCCAGGGCGGAAUGACGACAAUCCCACUCCUGGUGCUCCUUGGAUUAGAGAAUAAUGUGAAGGAUGAUGGGCAGCAUGUAUGGAGACUGAAACACUUUAACAAGCCUGCCUACUGUAAUCUUUGCUUGAACAUGUUAAUAGGAGUAGGCAAGCAGGGUCUCUGCUGUUCCUUUUGCAAGUACACAGUCCAUGAACGCUGCGUCUCAAGAGCACCUGCCUCUUGUAUCAAAACAUAUGUGAAGUCCAAAAAGAACACUGAUGUAAUGCACCACUACUGGGUAGAAGGAAACUGUCCAACAAAAUGUGAUAAGUGUCACAAAAAUAUAAAAUGUUACCAAGGCCUGACUGGACUUCAUUGUGUUUGGUGUCAGAUCACACUCCAUAAUAAAUGUGCUUCACAUCUAAAGCCUGAAUGUGACUGUGGCCCUUUGAAGGACCAUAUUUUACCACCUACAACAAUCUGCCCAAUAGUAUUGACUCUACCUACUUUAGGAGUUUCACUCCCUGAGGAAAGACAAGCAACUGUGAAAAAAGAAAAGAGUUGCCCCCAGCAAAUGAACAAAUUGGGAGAACGGACUAAGAUGCAAAGAGCAAAUUCUGUCACUGUAGAUGGACAAGGACUUCAGAUCACUCCGGUUCCAGGAACUCAUCCGCUUUUAGUUUUUGUCAACCCUAAAAGUGGGGGGAAACAAGGAGAAAGAAUUUACAGAAAAUUUCAGUACCUUUUAAAUCCUCGUCAAGUUUACAGUCUUGCUGGAAAUGGACCAAUGCCAGGGUUAAAUUUUUUCCGAGAUGUUCCUGACUUCCGGGUACUGGCAUGUGGUGGAGAUGGAACAGUGGGUUGGAUUUUGGAUUGCAUAGAGAAGGCAAAUUUGCUUAAACAUCCUCCAGUUGCUAUUUUGCCUCUUGGGACUGGCAAUGAUUUAGCAAGGUGUCUGAGAUGGGGAGGAGGAUAUGAAGGUGAGAAUCUGAUGAAGAUCUUGAAAGACAUUGAGAACAGCACAGAGAUCUUGCUGGACAGAUGGAAAUUUGAAGUCAUACCCAACGAUAAAGAUGAGAAAGGAGAUCCAGUGCCUUAUAGUAUCAUCAAUAAUUACUUUUCUAUUGGCGUGGAUGCUUCAAUUGCCCACAGAUUCCACAUCAUGCGAGAAAAACAUCCAGAGAAGUUCAACAGUAGAAUGAAGAACAAAUUUUGGUAUUUUGAGUUUGGCACUUCUGAAACUUUCUCAGCCACCUGCAAGAAGCUGCACGAAUCUGUAGAAAUAGAAUGUGAUGGAAUUCAGCUAGACUUAAUCAAUAUUUCUCUGGAAGGAAUUGCCAUUCUGAACAUUCCAAGCAUGCACGGUGGAUCAAAUCUUUGGGGAGAGACCAAGAAAAGACGUAGCCAUCGUCGAACUGAAAAGAAGAGGUUGGAUAAAAGAAGCACUGUCACAGAUGCCAAGGAAUUGAAGGUUGCAUGUCAAGAUCUGAGUGAUCAGCUGAUGGAAGUGGUUGGUCUGGAAGGAGCCAUGGAGAUGGGUCAGAUAUACACAGGACUGAAAAGUGCUGGUAGGCGGCUUGCACAGUGCUCAUCUGUUGUCAUCAGAACCAGCAAGUCGCUGCCCAUGCAGAUUGAUGGAGAACCAUGGAUGCAGACCCCUUGUACAAUAAAAAUUACCCACAAGAAUCAAGCCCCAAUACUGGUGGGACCUCCUCCAAAAACCGGUCUAUUCUCCUCCAUUAUCAGAAGAACAAGGAACCACAGCAAGGAAUAAGCCUCUGUAGUUUAGUUCUUAGAAAACAAAUUAGCAGCGCUGGCUUUGGAAUAUUUAUGCCAGAAAUCUUUCAAAAGUUUUAGAAUAUCCUCUACUCACAGAAUUCUGGAAUUUGGCAUAACGGUUUCUGUGACUGAGCUAAUGUAAAAUUAUGCUGUUAGAAAAAUUUAUUGUCACUUUUUUUUAGGCAUUUUGCAUGAGGAAAGCAGAUGUUUAUAUACAGUGAUAUGGCAUCUUUUUGUUGCAUGCAUUACCAUUUACUGAUUUAUGGGAUAAUUCUGCCAUGGAACAUGAGGAGAGAAUGCUCUGGGUAAUUUGAUUUAUUUGGUAAGAUUUUAUUUGUAGUUAAUUCUAAUGCAGUGAUCAUAAUCCAAAGAUUCUGUAGUUGCCCUCUUGAACCCAAGCAUCUUCAGAUCAACAAUUGAUUUGACGUGUAUCACAUAACAGCUUGGAAGUUCACAGGUCCCAUUAACUUGGCCUUUUACAUUUAACAUUUCUUGCCACUCUAAUGAAUAUUUUUCCUCAGCAAUUUAACCCCACUGAGCAGUAUUAAAAUCCUUUUUCUGUGCUAAAAUACCUUUAAUCUUUCAAACACUGAUCCAUGUGAGUAACUUUACACACACACAAAGUCCCGUUGGAUCACUGGUACUAUUCACAUGCAGAUAACUACGCACAUGUGCAAGUUUUUGCAAGAUGGGAAGUCAAUGCAGGUUUGCCUGAGUGAGGACUACAGGGCUAAAGGUUAAAGGACAGCGAAUAAAGGUAAUGCUACUUGCAAAACUAGUCAGCAGAGUUGUUUGUUGAAACAUUAAAACAUUUUACUCAACAGUAAAUCUUUGUAAUAUGCCAAACUUUAAAUCAUCUUGCAUAUUGGCCAAUAGUGCAGUAUGUGCAGUAGUGCACACAAAUAACCAAACCACAUGCCUAAUAAACUGCAUUUCCCACCAAAGAUUUAGUGAAGGAGGCUUCAGAGAAAUGGGUUAAUGCAUAAUUAAUCAUGCACACUGGAGCAGACUUACUUCUGAAAAUGUACAGUUCUUUGAUUACCUUGGCAAUGUCCAAACUAAUGCUGGAAUAGGAAAAACGGUCUAUUAAUUACAAUUUACAUGCUCACCUUUCAUUUGUUUCAUACAUUAAUAGACUGACACAUAAACUUGCUACUUCACAAUUAAAACCAUUUCUAAUUUUGUUGUUAUUUAUAAAUUUGCAACAUCCCUCAUUUUGUCACGCUUUAAAUUAGUCUUCUUAAGGAAAGGACAUGCUCUUAUCAGUUCCCUUUCUAUUCAUUGCUACCUGAAAUCAAAACAAUCCCUAUUAUAAUAAUUUGGGAGGCAAUUGUUUAGGUCUUCAUUUUCUCAGCCCCCUGAGAGACUUCUUAACAGCCUGGAAAUCGCAGCACAGGUCUUAUUGUCUAUGGUUUGCAUGGUACUGUCUGACUGUCUAAUGGUUAGGUCCAAGAAUGGCAACCUUUUUCAGUGUUGCAAUAAAUUUACAAUACGGGUCUGAAGUAAAAUGCUUUUUUAUGCAGUCUUGACGUUGUUCUUCGUACCAAAUAACCUGCACCUCAUCGCUGCAUGUUUUAUGUUCUCAAACAUUCCAUCGGGGGUGUGUGGAGGGAAGGGCAUGGGGGAACUGCUUGAAAUGCAUGAUUUAUUAGUUUCCUCCCACCUUUAUCGAUACAUUAAAGUGCCAAUGAGUUAUCCAAUCUAUUUUUCUAUCGAUUCAUUCAUCCUUAAAAAGCAAAUAGCAUUUAAUCAUUCUGUUGUGCACGGUACUGUGCAUGGAUUUAAGUAAAGCUGCUACCGUUUGGUUCCUUAGUAUGAGUAUUCAGCAUCUCUUUUGUAUAUAAUAGAUACUGAACAAAAAGGCAGUAUAGUGCUGGUGAGGAUUAUGUAUAUGAAAUAUGCUCUCAGUGUUCUGUAAACAUUAAGAGGCAAAGACCAACAUUAAGUUUAGCAUCAAGUAGAAAAAUUAGAUGACAAUUAUUCCUUAAAAUUAAGACAUAAUUCACCAUUGCUGGGUCCAACGAUGUUAACAAUUACAGCAGGAUUUUAACGUCACUUGUUCUUGUAUAUUACAUGCACUCUCUCAUGCACACACAAGAUUCUGAUGCAGUAGUUACUGCAGAUUUCCGUAAUUACAAGGUAAAAAGUAUUUGCAUAAAGAAAGACCUUGCUGGCAUAAUGCGCACAUUGGCUUUCUGAAAUUAUGGUUACAGGUAAUAAAUAUUUGCUCAUGACUUGACAUAGAAUUUUCUACUGUUGCUAUUGAACCUUUUAUGUCAAAACAUGUUUAAUGAUAUCAUUAUAUAAUGUGCCCUCUAUGAUAAUCUCUUGAAUACUUGAUCUCUGAAAAACAAAUAAAAUGGUGCAUAGGCUAUUCUUUAACAAUGUAUGCCAUUAUUAAAGUGUCUAAUAGCCUGAGAAUAGGUAACUGUGAGCUAUACGGUUUUCCAUAAUAGAGGGAUGGAUGGGCUCAUAUAUACACUCCCCACACAUACCUCCAUCAGAACAGCUGAUUUCGCUCAUGGUAUCUGUGCUCAAAAGGCUAACUCAUGAUUGACAUUCUCACUAAUGAAAUAAAUAUAACAAAUCAGUCUCUUCACUGUAUAUGGAUACCUUCACUAUCAGUUUGUCUUUACUAUUAAUCAUAGGGAUAGUUUUUGGAUUUUUAAUGUGGCCUAUUGCUAAUUUAACACUGUGUUGGGAUUUCUGGGGAUUGAAAGAAUAUGAUAGUCUGAAGGCAAGGAUAAAGGCUUGCAGCAAUUGGAAGAUGACCUGAAGGGAAGGCAAAAAACUUUGAUGAAAAAGUAAUGGACAACACUUUUUGUCUAACUAUGAUGUUCACCUCUGAUGUUAUCUAGACGGGUGAUCUGCUAGGCCACUCCAAUACUUGACUCUGGGA